UCAGCUCUUUCUUCCAAGCCCCCUCCCUCUCAUUUCAACCGUUUUAUUAUUGCCACUACUCACUCGCUCCCUACUCUCCUGCUUGUACUUCUCUGCUCUCUUCCCUUCAAAUCUACACACUCAUCAUCAUUUUCUCUUUCUCUCUCUUUCCCUGUGCUUAUUAAGUUUCUUUCGCCGUUCAUCUUCACCUUCAAAUCGGAACCUUGAAAUUUCGAGGUGGGUGAGUGUGGAGGGUAUUUUUCCUUGAAACUGCGAGAGCUAAGGCAAAUAUGAUGCACCGUUGCUGUAGCUCCCAGGGGCACGUGAUGGGACCCUGUACGUGUGGUAUGAUUCACGGCCAAACCAAUUCCUUCUCCAUGCUCUUCUCUAUGCCCAACCACAAAUCCUAUGGUGAUUGCGACAUGUAUUCUUUCCCUUCCUCUCCUUCCUCUUCUGUUGACUGCACCCUCUCUCUGGGUACCCCGUCUACCCGUUUAUCUGAAGACGAAGAAAAACACAGCCGCCAUGCCCGUCGUUCUGUUUCCAACUUCUGCUGGGAUCUAUUACAAUCCAAACACACCUCGGAAUCCCACACUAAGUCCAGUCGUGGCAGCAAUACUGGUAACUCCUCCAACAAUGAUCCCCUACUCGCUCGUCGUUGUGCUAACUGCGACACCACUUCCACUCCCCUCUGGAGAAACGGCCCUCGAGGCCCCAAGUCACUAUGCAAUGCCUGCGGGAUUAGAUUCAAGAAGGAAGAGAGAAGGGCGGGUGCUGUAGCCGCCACGACGGCGGCCAACUCAGGCGGCGUCAUGGAGACGGCGCAGAUGUUUUCCGGACACCACAACACUUCUUCAUGGUACGCGCAGUCUCAGAGCCAGAAAAUGCAGUGCCUCUCUCCGGGGAUGGGCAGCGAGCUUCGCUUCGUGGACGACGCCGACCGUGACGCCGAGCGCGGCAUUCCGUUUCUCUCUUGGAGACUCAACGUUACGGACAGACCGAGCCUCGUUCAUGAUUUUACGAGAUGAAACGUUGGGAAAAUGAUGUUUUGAUAAUAGAAACGACAAGAGGAGGUAUUUAGCGAGUCCGACGGUCAAGAUGACGCAGUUAUACUUCACGUUUUACGAUGAUAAUGCAGAUGUUCUUGAUGGCGAUGGUUAUGGUCUCCUCGCGUCAAUAUUAUAGAUUUAUCUUUUUUCUUUCCGGCGUUAAUGUCUUUGACCUUUUCCUUUUUGUUCUCUUCCUUU